AUGGCCACUCCUGCUCCCUCCUCUGCUGCUGCCGUGACUAGCAGGGCACGGCAUGAAAAGCGCGAGCAGCAAGAUAUGCUGUGCCGCACCAUCCUUGCGCAGAGUUUGUCUGUGCCACCGAUGAGCAUGCCGCCACGAUUUUUCAUCGCAUUGAACCCGCAUGCGCAUCGUGGUCCGCCCGGUGCCCUGCCUGGCGGUGGGAUAAUUCGUCGGAGAAGAUGCGUCCAAAACGAAGCCUGCUUCUCCGGAGUCUCCGGCGGCGGGGGAAAGGCUGCGUGCUCAUGUGGCGGCCCACAUAUGGCAUCGAAUAAGCAUGGUCUGGACGGUGAGAAAUCUGGCAACGCCCAGAGAAGGCCAAACCGGUUGCCAGUCCGACGUGUGGUGGCCGAUUUGUCUUGUCGUCACCAGAAGCGUGCGGAGGGAUUGGUGCGCGCUGCGUGCUCCCACUGGCAGCAGCAUGCUUCGGCGCCGGCUGCGACGGACGAUGGACCCUGGGAGGAGGAACUCUUGUGGGGGAGCGCCGUCGGUUCGCUCGCUGGAACUGAGCUGAGCCGGUCCGGAAGCGGCAAACGGACGCUCGCAAGUGUGCGGAGCAAGCUAGCAAGCAGCGUCAUCAAGCCCGCUUCGCAGCCGUCCACAUGA